AAACAAAAAGAAGUGGCAGAAGAAGCUCUACUUACUUUAGCUGUGUUUUAUUUUUUUAUUUAACAAGUCUCCUCCCCACUGCAUUACACUCCCCCCCCCUCACUUCGGAGCGGUGACCGGCCAUUGCCGGUGACAACCAAUGCGGCGGCGAAGAUGAGACCAUGGCCCGCCGCCACCGUCUGAUGCUCCGCGCCGCCCCGCGGAUCACCGUCCGAUCGCUGCUGUUGGUAGUAGUGGUGGCAGCAGUAGUCGGCGCCGCCUCGGUCCCGGCGCCGACUUCGGGCCAGAAGAGGCUGAGCUCCGUCGCCGACUUCGCCGGGCUCUACGCGCUCCGCGGCUCCCUCGGGCUCCGCGCCCGCGACUGGCCCCGCCACGCCGACCCCUGCGCCUCCUGGACCGGGGUCGGCUGCGACCGGGCCGGCCGGGUCGUCUCGCUGAACCUCUCCGGCCUGCGCCGCACCCGGCUCGGCCGGCUCAGCGCCCGGUUCGCCGUCGACGGCCUGCGCAACCUCUCCCGGCUCGCCGCCUUCAACUCGACCGGGUUCGCCCUCCCCGGCCCGAUCCCGGCCUGGCUCGGCCCGGCCCUCGCCCCCUCCCUCUCCCUUCUCGACCUCUCCUCCUCCUCCGUCUCCGGCCCCCUCCCCCCCUCCCUCUCCGCCCUCUCCCUCCUCCAAACCCUAACCCUAGCCCACAACAACCUCUCCGGACCGAUCCCCCAGACCCUAUGGUCCUCCCCCCUCCCCCAUCUCCGCCUCCUCGACCUCUCCGACAACAACCUCACCGGCUCCCUCCCCCCCAACCUCAACCUCACCCUCACCCUCGCCAAUGCCGGUGCCGUGCUCAAUCUCUCCGACAAUUUCUACUACGGCUCGAUCCCCGCGGGGUUCCGUCGCCUCUUCUCGCUGUUCAGUUCGGUCGAUAUCUCCGGUAAUUACUUCGACGGCGCGUUUCCGAUCGGUACCGACAGUAAAAACGUCUCCUUUCGGUCGAAUUGCUUCAUCGGCGCGCCGGACCAGCGGAGCCUCGCCGAUUGCGAGAAGUUCUACGCCGAUCGGGGGAUUCCCUUUACCGGCCCCCCCGCCACUCCCCCUGCGGCGCCACUGCUGCCGCCGCCGCCGGCGCCCGGAUCUUCUAGCAAGAAGCACCACAAGAAGCUGAAGUAUAUACUGAUCGGAGUCGCCGGAGGGGUUUUGGUGUUGUUGCUCGUGAUCUCGGCCGUCGCAGUCGUGUGCUGUUGCGUAAAAUUCGGAGCACGGAAAACAGGGCAGGGGGAGGGCGGCGGAGGGGAGGCGGCCGUCGCCCCCUCCGGCCCCGAACCCCCGGGAGGCAACGGCGGCAGCAGCGGCGGCGCGCGGCCUGGUGCGGUCUCGGUGAACUUGGCCGCGGUCGGGGAUAAGUUCACUUACGAUCAGCUAGUUCGGGCGACGCUACAGUUCGACAGCGCGAAUCUCAUCAAGCAUGGCCACUCCGGCGACCUGUACUCUGGUUUUCUCGAAAACGGAGAUCGCGUGGUCGUAAAGCGGAUAGAUGUUCGAGCGGCGCGGAAAGAAUCAUACAUGGCGGAAUUGGAUUUGUUUUCGAAAGGAUUGCAUCCGAGAUUGGUUCCGUUUCUAGGGCAUUGCUUAGACGACGGGAACGAGAAGUUCCUCGUGUAUAGAUUUGUACCUAACGGAGAUUUAUCGAACGCGUUGCAUCGGAAAUCCGGCGACGAGGAGGAGGAGGAAGAAGAAGAAGAAGGUAUGCAGUCUUUGGAUUGGAUAAAGAGGUUGAAGAUUGCGAUCGGGGUCGCCGAGGCUCUGUGCUAUCUGCACCACGAGUGUAAUCCGCCGAUGGUUCAUAGAGAUGUUCAAGCGAGCAGUGUCCUUCUUGAUGAUAAAUUUGAAGUGCGUCUCGGAAGUUUGAGCGGGGUAUGCCCCCAAGAAGGUGAAAGCCACCAAAGUGUCAUCACCAAGCUGUUGAGAUUGUCACCGGUGCCUGAGCAAAGUACUUCAGGCUCUCCUCCGACAUGGGCAUACGACGUCUACUGCUUCGGGAAAGUCUUGCUCGAGCUAGUAACGGGCAAGUUCGGCAUCAGCGCAUCAAAAUCAGAUGAUGCCGCCACAAACGAAUGGCUCGGACGGAUUCUGCCGUACGUCAACAUCAACGAGAAGGAACUAAUAACAAAAAUUAUCGAUCCGUCGCUCAUCGUCGACGAGGACCACUUGGAGGAAGUCUGGGCGGUGUCGAUCGUCGCAAUGUCUUGCCUAAACCCUAAGCCCUCGAAACGGCCCCCCGUGAAAUACAUACUCAAAGCACUAGAAAACCCUUUGAAAGUGGUUAGGGAGGAUAACAACAACUCGAGCUCGGGGCGGCUGCGGGGGGGUGCAGCCUCAUCGUCACGCGGAUCGUGGAACAUCGCAUUCUUGGGCAGCUGGCGGCGUAGUUCCUCAGACGUCGCGGCAGCCACCGCGGCCGCAGGCUCCUCCAGGGAGGACCACCGCAGGUUGAAGCGUUCGGGCACGAUGGUGUCGCAGGGGAGUAACGGAGGCGAGCACUCGCUGUCGCAAAGGAGGCAGUCGAAGGAGAUCUUCCCCGACCCGGCAGGGUUAAGUGACAUCGAGGAUUGAAACUUAAAAGGAAAAUUUUCCCUCAAAAUUCUUUCUAUUAUGGAUGAUUCUUUCGGUUAUAUUAUUUAACCGGGCUGCGAUUUCGUGGCCGCCUACUACUUCUCGGUCGCGAAACACCGAAGUAAACGAUUCGUCGCAUCAUUCUUUCUCUUCGAUUUCUCCUAAUGACGAUACGAUUGUGAGUGUCAUUUCGCGAAGCAGAGGUCGGCCGAGGAGCGAAAUUCUGGCUUUGUGUUCUUCAUUUUCUUCUUCUCUGUAAAACAGCAUUGCCAUUUUUUUUUUUUGGUCUUGUGUAGUAAUUUGUUGUUCAUCCAAUUGGUGGUCAUUUUGGGUUAAAGUGUAAAUUGGAUGAGAGUGGAUUUUACACUGUAAACUGUAUCUUUUCCCCCAUUGAUUAUCUUUGUAGUAGUGGAUGAAAAAAGAAGGAACCAAAAAAAAAAAGGAAAAAAAAAGAAAAGAAGA